AUGAGCACCUCGGGUCACAGCACGCAUUCGUCCAACGUCGUCGGUGUCCAUUACCGCGUCGGGAAGAAGAUCGGGGAGGGAUCUUUCGGUGUCAUCUUCGAGGGAACCAACCUCCUGAACAACCAAUCCGUUGCUAUCAAGUUCGAGCCCAGGAAGAGUGACGCGCCGCAGCUCCGCGAUGAGUACAGAACCUACAAGAUUCUCGUCGGAUGCCCCGGUAUUCCCAACGUUUACUACUUUGGCCAGGAAGGCUUGCACAACAUACUCGUGAUUGACCUCCUGGGUCCGUCGUUGGAGGACCUCUUCGAUUGGUGCGGACGAAGAUUCAGCAUCAAGACCACCGUUAUGGUCGCUAAGCAGAUGCUCACGCGUGUUCAAACCAUCCACGAGAAGAACCUCAUCUACCGCGACAUUAAGCCUGAUAACUUCUUGAUCGGUCGCCCCGGCACCAAGGGCGCCAACAUGGUCCACAUCGUCGACUUCGGUAUGGCCAAGCAGUACAGAGAUCCCAAGACUAAGCAGCACAUCCCUUAUCGCGAACGCAAGAGCUUGUCCGGUACAGCUCGUUACAUGAGUAUCAACACCCACUUGGGAAGGGAACAGUCGCGUCGUGAUGAUUUGGAGGCGUUGGGUCAUGUGUUUAUGUACUUCUUGCGAGGAGGUCUGCCUUGGCAGGGGUUGAAGGCUGCUACCAACAAGCAGAAGUACGAGAAGAUUGGUGAGAAGAAGCAGACCACACAGAUCAAGGACCUCUGCGAGGGCUUCCCGGAGGAGUUCAACCAGUACCUUACCUAUGUUCGCAACCUUGGGUUUGAGGAUACCCCUGAUUACGACUACCUUCGAGAUCUGUUCAGCAACGUCCUUCGCAAGUCCGGUGAGGCUGAGGAUGGUACCUACGACUGGAUGCUCCUGAACAACGGCAAGGGUUGGGAGGCUGGUGCUAAGGGUGCUUCUGCUUCUCAAGCGCACUUGAUGCCCGCCAACAAUUACCCAACGGGAUCCGCUGCCGAGCUCCGUCACGGCCAGCAAGCAAGUGGUGCUCGCGCUUCCGGUAACCUUACUAGUUCUCGUUUGAAUGCCGCCCAGCCACCGCCCCCUUCACCUGCUGUCCUCCGAUCGAACUCCAGAAACCGACGUGACCGUGAGAGAUCAAGCAACCAGGCUGGAAGGAGACAAAGUUCGCUCGAACAGGGUACCGGUGAUGUUUUGAGCGCGCCUAGGCAAGCUCAGCCUCCGGCUCAGCAGGCUCAGAUGCAGCAAAGUCGUCUUAUGACCCAGCAUGCUGCUGCGAGGGAUAGCCCUGACAGGAAGAAGGGCUUCUGGAGCAAGCUCUGCUCGUGCUUCUAA